UUGACAAAUAGAAGGGGUAUUGUUGACUAUCUGAACUUCUACGGCCCCUACUGGCAUCUGGAUGCGUCUGCAGGCACCUUGUGCUUCAGCCUCGCCAUACAAAAAACAGGAGGAAAAACAAAAGCUGAGAGUUACGAGGGGCAUCAAAGCACGCUCCAGUCGUGGGGAUGAAUAGACCUUGCCUGUUCCCGCCAGCAAUGCAGAACCAAGAAAAGAAUAACACAAAACGUACAAAGGAAAUGGUACUGAUAGUAGAUACUACAAGACCUCAAAGAGGCCAGGCGUCGCAUAUGCUGAAAAAAAGGGGGGUAUGUGCCAAUAUUACUGUGGAUUUUCGUGGCUCUUCAAGCCAAAGGGACGCCGUUGUGCGCCGGUCCUCCUGUUUUUUUGCGCGCAAAAGCCGAAGUAGUGCGCGCCAGCCUAGUGUCAAUGACUGGAAAUGAUGUGGUCGAGACGCAUCGCCACAGAACAUGAGCGUGCGGUGGUGGAAAAAUGGGGCGUGCAAUUGUGACACUCUAGCACGGUCUUGCACGGCAGCUUGUACAGCCGUCGCGCACUGAGCCGCUUUUUAUGCAGAUUAAAAGCUGAUUACAAGGUACAGAGUGGAAUAGGUAGGGGUGUUGCUUC